ACACUGCCCUGGGGCUGAGUCUCCGGUGGAGGGCGGCGGAGACCCGGGCAGGAGGCGGUGGCGUCCUGGGCGGCAAGAGCAGCAUGGAUUGGGGUACCGAGUUGUGGGAUCAGUUUGAGGUGCUGGAACGCCACACGCAGUGGGGGCUGGAUUUGUUGGACAAAUACGUGAAGUUCGUGAAAGAACGCGCGGAGGUGGAGCAGGCUUAUGCUAAGCAACUCCGGAGCCUGGUGAAAAAGUAUCUUCCCAAGAGACCUACCAAAGAUGACCCUGAAGUCAAGUUCAGCCAGCAGCAGUCAUUUGUCCAGCUUCUCCAGGAGGUCAAUGACUUCGCAGGCCAGAGAGAGCUGGUGGCUGAGAGCCUCGGUAUCCGAGUGUGUCUGGAGCUGGCUAAGUAUUCACAGGAGAUGAAGCAGGAGAGGAAGAUGCACUUCCAGGAAGGUCGUCGGGCCCAGCAGCAGCUGGAGAAUGGCUUCAAACAGCUGGAGAAUAGUAAGCGGAAGUUUGAACGAGAUUGCCGGGAGGCUGAGAAAGCGGCUCACACUGCUGAGCGCCUAGAUCAGGACAUUAAUGCCACCAAGGCGGAUGUGGAGAAGGCCAAGCAGCAAGCUCACCUUCGGAACCACAUGGCAGAAGAGAGCAAGAAUGAAUAUGCGGCCCAGCUGCAGCGCUUCAACCGAGACCAGGCUCACUUCUACUUCUCACAGAUGCCCCAGAUAUUCGAUAAGCUGCAGGACAUGGACGAACGCCGGGCCACCCGCCUGGGGGCCGGGUAUGGGCUCUUAUCAGAGGCUGAACUGCAGGUGGUUCCCAUUAUUGGCAAAUGCUUGGAGGGCAUGAAGGUGGCCGCCGAGUCUGUGGAUGCUAAGAACGACUCACAGGUCCUCAUCGAAUUACACAAGUCCGGGUUUGCCCGCCCAGGGGACUUGGAAUUUGAAGACUUUAGCCAAGUUAUCAACCGAGUGCCUUCGGACAGCAGCCUGGGCACCCCGGAUGGCAGGCCUGAGCUCCGAGCAGCCUCCAGCCGUAGCCGCGCCAAGCGUUGGCCUUUCGGGAAAAAGAACAAGCCACGUCCCCCAUCCCUGUCCCUCCUGGGGGGUCACCUACCCUCCACACUGUCUGAUGGACCCUCAUCCCCCCGUUCUGGCCGCGACCCCUUGGCCAUACUGAGCGAGAUCAGUAAGUCGGUCAAACCGCGGCUAGCAUCCUUCCGCAGCUUCCGAGGUGGCCGUGGGACCGUGGCUACCGAAGAUUUCAGUCACUUGCCCCCGGAGCAGCAGAGAAAGCGACUUCAGCAACAGCUGGAAGAGCGGAACCGAGAGUUGCAGAAGGAGGAGGACCAGAGAAGUCGGAGGACAGCUCGCUGGAGUCGGGAGGCCCUGAAGAAGAUGAAAGAUGUAUAUGAGAAAACACCACAAAUGGGGGACCCUGCCAGCUUAGAGCCCCGCAUUGCAGAGACCCUGGGCAACAUUGAGAGGCUGAAGUUGGAAGUGCAGAAGUAUGAGGCUUGGUUGGCAGAAGCUGAAAGCCGGGUCCUCAGUAACCGAGGGGACAGCCUAAGCCGUCACGCUAGGCCCCCUGAUCCCCCAACUACUGCCCCACCUGAUAGCAGCAGUAGCAGCACCAACAGUGGAUCCCAGGACAAUAAGGAGAGCAGCUCAGAAGAGCCCCCUUCAGAAGGCCAGGACACCCCCAUCUAUACUGAGUUCGAUGAGGACUUUGAGGAGCCUGCAUCCCCUAUCGGCCAGUGUGUGGCUAUCUACCAUUUUGAAGGAUCCAGCGAGGGAACCGUCUCCAUGUCCGAGGGGGAAGACCUCAGCCUGAUGGAGGAAGACAAGGGUGAUGGAUGGACGCGGGUCAGGAGGAAACAGGGAGCUGAGGGCUACGUGCCCACCUCUUACCUCCGAGUCACACUCAACUGAACCCCACCAGAGGGGGACGAGGGGCAGGGCUGUCAGCUGCUGCUUCUGGGCCACAGGGGGGGCCCCCAGGACCUUGCACUUUAUUCCUGCCCACGUGGCUUUUGGCUGAGACCUGUGUAACCUGCUGUCCCUCACUCACCUGUCACCUGUCACCCUACGGGGACCCACUUGUGGCUUCCCACGUGGUUGUACAUAUUUGUCAUUUAAGAUCUUUCUUCCCGCCGCUUGGCUUGAGCCAAGUUUUGUUUUAUAUUAAAAAAGUAUAUAUAAUUAUAUAAAGUUCUUGGAGUCUGCACCGCCAGUGUCGGGAAUGGACCUUCAAAAGGCAUCUCUGUGGAGAGGUGGUUUGGGAGUCGGGUUUUGGAUGCUCUUGCAGAGGACCAGGAGUUGGUUUUCAAAAGCAGCUCCCAAAGCUCACAGACAUCCAAGCCUAGGCCCCCUCUGGCCGACUCUGGCAGUCGCACUCAUACCUGCAUGUAUCCUGCCCAAGUUAAAAUGAGAUAAAAGCUUUCUUAUGAGCCCCGUGUGGAAUAAAUGGAGGUGAACCUCGGUGCGCUCUGGCAA